AUGGACAGGGCGGGGAUCAAGGAUGCCGUAGAGAGGUUGGAGCUUGGUGGUCGGCCGGUGGACACUACAACUUACGCAGAUCUUCUACGACAUUGUGGCAGUGCUAAGGCUCUUGCAGAAGGCCGGAAGAUUCACGAGCUUGUAGCGAGUUCCGGGCAUGGGGAGGAUCCAUUUCUGGGGAACUUGCUCGUGAGAAUGUAUGGCAGCUGCGGGAGAUUGCAAGAGGCUCUGGAAGUUUUCAACAAUCUCAAGAGAAGGGACGUGUUCUCCUGGAAUGUGAUGCUGGCGGCGUAUGCCCAGAACGGGCAUCUCCAAGAAGCGGCUGAGAACGGGCAUCCCGCGGAAGCUCUCUACAUGUUUAAGACGAUGGACUUGAGUGGAUUCCAGCCCAACAAGGUGAGCUUCCUCGCAGUGCUCAACGCUUGCGCUAACGCUGGAGUGCUUUCUCAGGCCAGGAUAGUUCACUGCUUGGUGAUCGAGAGUGGCUUCCAGUCGGAUAUCAUGGUCGCCACCACGGUUCUCAACAUGUAUGGGAAGUGUGGAAGCCUGGACGAUGCCUUGGCGGUGUUCCAUGCGCUUCCUAGCCGAGACGUGGUGGCUACCAACGCGAUGAUCACAGCGUACGCUCAGAACAAACACUUGCCACAAGCCAGGGAGCUCUUCGAGAGCACGAAGCGGAAGAGUAUCAUUUCCUGGAACACAAUGAUCGCUGCUUACAUCCAAGCUGGUGAAAUCGCGGAAGCCAGGGGCUUGUUCGAUCGAAUGGAGCUCAGGAACACGGCUUCCUGGAACACCCUCUUAGCAGGCUACGCUCACAGCGGACACCUCCAAGAAGCUCUAACGCUCUUCGCGAUCAUGGACUUGGAAGCUCGCGAGCCGCCGGACAAAGUCACCUUUGUGACGAUGCUCGACGUUUGCGGGAACCUCAAGAACUCGGCAGCCGGGGAGGAGAUCGACGCGGCAGUGACUUCGAGUGGCCUCUGGCAAGACGUGACGGUCGGGAACGCGCUCGUUUGCAUGCACGGCAGGUGUGGACGAAUGGAGCUCGCCAGGAGCCUGUUCGAGAGGAUGGAGCACAGAGAUGGCGUGCUGUGGACGACGAUGGUGGCAGCCUACGCGCAAAACAAUCUCCUGGAUCAAGCCCGGGCUACGUUCGACGCGAUGCCGGACAAGCUCUCGCUCGUUGCCCCCUGGAACGCGAUGAUCUCGGCAUACGUCCGCUACGGAGAGAAUUCAUCCGGAGUGAUGCUCUUCCUCCUCAUGGACCUGGAAGGCGGCCGAGCGAACGAGAUCACGCUGGUCUGCGUCUUCGAGGCUUGCACCACUCCAUCCCAGCUCGCCACCGGACGAAGAAUCCACACGGCCCUGGAACGCUCUGGCGAGAACCAGCUGCUAAACCAUCCGGCCGUGAGAACCUCGCUCGUCAACAUGUAUGGAAAGUGUGGCAAGCUUGCGGAAGCUCGGGCCAUCUUCGACGCGGUUGCAGCGUCCCAGCGCGGAGAUCUGGUGCUCUUCUCGGCGAUGAUCGCGGCCUACGCGCAGAGCGGCCACAGCAAGGAAUCGCUGGAGCUCUUUGGCGUCAUGGCUCUCGAUGGUAUACUGCCGACGGACGUCACGUUUAUCAGCGUCUUGGCGGCGUGCAGCCACGCGGGCCUGGCCAAGGACGCGCGGUACCACUUCGUGGCCAUGGCUGGCGACUACGGGAUCGCGGCGAGCUUGGAUCACUAUAUCUGCAUGGUGGACGUGUUGGGGAGGUCCGGAAAGGUGGCGGAGGCGGGGGAGCUUGUGGGUGUGAUGCCGUUUGUGCCGGAUGCUGUGGCGUGGAAGACUUUGCUGGGGUGUUCUAAGGUUCACGAAAAUGCUGGGCUUGCUCGCUGGGCCGCGGAGAAUUUGGCCAGGAUUGAUGCCAAGAACCCCAGUUCUUAUUUGCUUUUGUCAAGUGCUGUCACCAAAGUUGGCAAAUCUUAG